UUUCUUUUCUUUUCUUUUUCUCUCUGGUGAAAAAGCAAGAAAAAGAUGCCACAAGAUGGAAAAAGAAAAGCUAUAUUCCCCAGUGGCAAACACCAUCCAAAUAAACUAUGACCCAAAGGGUCCAUUUUUGCCUCUGAAAGUAACCCAAUAAUAUUCUCAAAUAUCAACUAAUCCCCUUCUUUUAUGCAAAAUCUUUCUCUAGUCCCCAUGCACCAAUAAAAUCACAGACCUGAGACCCUUCUUGUAAACACUGACAUUUUCUUUUCUUUUCUUUCUUUUUUUCCUUUUUUAUCUUAAGAGUGUCCAUAGUUGAUCUCCUUCCUUCUUUCUCUGCUGCUGUUUCCAAUGGAGAUAUUCCAUCUCUUGUACUUGAAGGUUUUCUUGAUCUUUAUAUUACUCGUUUCAGUUCUUUUGGCAACUGAUCCUUACUCAGAAGCUCUUUUAAACUUGAAAUCAGAACUUAUUGAUGAUAGUAACACUUUAGCUGACUGGUUAUUGCCUUCUGGAGAAAACCCAUUAAAGAAAAUUCAGGCUUGUUCUUGGUCUGGCGUAAAAUGCAACAAAAACUCCACACUUGUUAUUGCAUUAGACCUUUCUAUGAAAAAUCUUGGUGGUGCAUUACCAGGGAAGCAUUUUGGUGUAUUUACUGAACUUGUUGAUCUAAAUCUCAGUUCUAACUCAUUCUCUGGUCAGUUUCCAGUUGAAAUUUUCGAUUUAAUCAAUCUAAGAAGCUUAGAUUUCAGCAGAAAUAAUUUUUCAGGUCAAUUUCCAAGUGGGAUUUCCAAUCUUGGAAAUCUUGUUGUUCUUGAUGCUUUUAGUAACAGCUUCUCAGGUCCAUUGCCUGUUGAAGUUUCAGAACUGGAAUAUCUCAAGAUUCUUAAUCUCGCUGGAAGCUACUUUGAAGGGCCAAUCCCAUCAGUCUAUGGUUCUUUCAAAAGCCUUGAGUUUAUUCACUUGGCAGGCAAUCUUUUAAGUGGCAGCAUACCACCAGAGCUAGGAAAACUCAAGACAGUGACCCAUAUGGAGAUUGGCUAUAAUUCAUAUAAAGGAAGUAUUCCACGGCAAUUGGGUAAUAUGAGUGAGCUUCAAUAUCUUGAUAUAGCAGGAGCAAGUCUUUCGGGUUCCAUACCAAAACAACUUUCCAAUCUUACCAAGCUUCAUUCACUAUUCCUCUUUAGAAACCAACUCACUGGAUUAGUCCCUUGGGAGUUUAGCAGAAUCUUGCCUCUUGCAAGCUUAGAUCUUUCUGAUAAUCAACUUUCUGGUCCAAUACCAGAAAGUUUUGCAGAGUUGAAAAAUCUCAAGCUGUUAAGUCUCAUGUACAAUGAAAUGAAUGGUACUGUCCCAAAAGGCAUUGCAGAACUUCCAUCAUUGGAUACUCUGCUAAUAUGGAACAAUUUCUUUUCUGGGUCACUACCACAGGACUUGGGCAAGAACUCAAAGCUUAAAUGGAUUGAUGUGUCUACAAAUAAUUUGGUGGGCAGCAUUCCGCCAGAUAUUUGCGCAGGAGGUGUGUUGUUCAAGUUGAUCCUGUUUUCGAAUUAUUUUACUGGUAAUCUUUCACCAUCCAUUUCCAAUUGUUCCUCACUUGUUCGUCUUCGAAUCGAAGACAAUUCAUUCUCAGGUGAGAUCCCUUUGAAAUUUAAGCAACUUCCUGAUAUUACAUAUCUAGACCUCUCCACAAACAAAUUUACCGGUGGUAUUCCUUCGGAUAUUUCUGAAGCUUCAAAGCUUCAAUAUUUCAAUAUCUCUAAUAAUCCAGGUCUUGGAGGUAACAUCCCAAUAAAAACAUGGUCUUUGCCACUUCUGCAGAAUUUCUCAGCUUCAGCUUGUAACAUCUCAGGCAAUAUUCCUCCUUUCCAUUCCUGUAAAUCUGUUUCUGUUAUUGAACUGCACAAGAACAAUCUAUCAGGAAAUCUCCCAGUUAGCAUCUCUAAUUGUCGGGCUCUUGGGAAGAUAGAUUUAGCUAAUAAUAAGUUUACAGGAAAUAUACCUGAAGAGCUUGCAAGUCUUCCAGCUUUAAGUUUCAUUGACUUAUCACGUAAUAACUUCAGUGGUUCAAUACCGGUAAAGUUUGGUGAAUCUUCAAGCUUAGUUCUUCUUAACGUGUCGUUUAAUGAUAUCUCUGGUUCUAUUCCCUCCAAAAAUGUGUUUAGAUUGAUGGGUAGAAGUGCAUUUACUGGAAAUCCAAAGCUGUGCGGGACUCCUCUGCAACCAUGUCAUGCCUCAAUGUCAAUAUUUGGCAGUAAAGGCACAAGGAAGCUUACAUGGGUACUUCUGCUGAGCGCAGGUGUAGUUUUGUUCAUUGUAGCAUCAGCUUGGGGAAUAUUCUAUAUCCGAAGAGGAAGUAAAGGCCAAUGGAAAAUGGUUUCAUUCAGUGGACUCCCUCGAUUCACUGCAAAUGAUGUUUUGAGAAGCUUUAGUUCCACAGACACAAUGGAACGAAUGCCACCAUUAUCAGCUUCGGUUUGCAAAGCAGUUCUGCCAACAGGAAUAACAGUUUCCGUGAAAAAGAUUGAAUUUGAAGCAAAAAGAAUGAAGACAGUGACAGAAUUCAUUACACGAAUGGGAAAUGCAAGGCACAGGAAUUUGAUUAGAUUAUUGGGAUUUUGCUACAACAAGCAAUUAGCUUAUCUUUUGUAUGACUACUUGCCUAACGGGAAUUUAGCAGAGAAAAUCAAUGUGAAGAGGGAUUGGGCUGUUAAAUAUAAACUUGUCAUUAGCAUUGCAAGGGGACUUUGCUUCCUUCACCAUGAAUGUUAUCCAGCAAUGCCCCAUGGAGAUUUGCGGUCAAGUAAUAUAGUGUUUGAUGAAAAUAUGGAACCCCAUUUGGCUGAAUUUGGGAUUAAGUGCCUAGCAGAAAUGACAAAAGCCUCAUCUCCUGCAACAAUUUCCUUGAAAGAAACAGGUGAAUUAAACAGCAUCAUAAAAGAGGAGCUCUACGCAGACAUAUACAGCUUUGGACAGAUAGUUAUGGAAAUUUUGACCAAUGGUCGACAUGCGAAUGCCAGAGGAAGCAUACAGAGCAAACCUAAGGAGGUACUCUUAAGAGAAAUUUAUAAUGAGAAUGAAAUUGGUUCUUCUGAGUCGAUCAGAGAGGAGGUAAAAAUGGUUCUUGAAGUUGCUUUACUCUGCACAAGAAGUAGGCCAACUGAUCAACCAUCAAUGGAAGAUGCAGUAAAGCUCUUAUCAGGGCUCAAGUCACAGAGAAAAUAACAGAAUGUAUGAAGCCAGAUAGUAAUACUGUCAAUUAAACGUUAUCAGAUUAAUGAAUAUUAUAGAUACAACAAGUAGCUAGCUGAUAUGAGUGUGUGUUUGUGUUUUAUAUGGUUCAUAGACUGGUUGUGUAGUAAUUACUACAAAUGUUUUGAUGUAAUAUAGUGGCCUCUAAGUUUGUGUAUUUCUUAAAAAAAGAAAGGAAUUUAUCAUAAUACAAAAUUAAUUAAUUAUUAA